AUGAAAGCUAAAUCUUAUAAAUACAUUGACACCAUCAAGGACAGAUACUCAAAAUGCAACCAGAGUAAGAAUUUUAUGCCAGAUAAUGAGAAAGUUACAUUGACAGGGCCGAGCUCGAUAUAUGGAUUUCUCAUACAUAGUUGUUUCGUCGAUGAUGGGCAAGGAAAUAAAUUUGAGCUUGUGGACGACAAAGGGUGCUCUACAGAUACCUAUCUUCUGCCACAGAUUCAGUAUGAUGACAGCAAAUUGUCAGCCUUCACUACUGCUCAAGUGUUCAAAUAUGCGGACAAGGUUCAACUAUAUUUUACCUGCACUGUGCAACUAUGUUACAAGCAUGAUGGUGGAUGUGAAGGAGUUAUGCCUCCUUCGUGUUCUACAGACUCACUGUCAGUUGGUGAACCAUAUCAAGGAUCUAACCUUGAACUAGACAAGGAUGACGAUGACAAUGAUUCCCACGAAGAUAAGCAAUUUUUCGGGCCUAUGCACUCCAGUGACUAUGGCCGGUCGAAGUAUAGGGACAGUCCGCUGAAUGAAACAGACAUGGGAGAACACUUUCUGGUUCAACUAUAUUUUACCUGCACUGUGCAACUAUGCUACAAGCAUGAUGGUGGAUGUGAAGGUGUUAUGCCUCCAUCGUGUUCUACAGACUCACUGUCGAAGUAUAGGGACAGCCCGCUAAAUGAAACAGACAUGGGAGAACACUUUCUUGUUUUCUCGAAUCAUUCAACCGCGUAUCCUGGCAUUACGCCAGUUUUAAGUUUCCUUUCUGAAGUGGAAAAGUAA